AUGUCGUCCUCUUCUUCUUCUUUUCCUGGUCAAGUGAAGCAUCAAGUUUUCUUGAGCUUCAGAGGUGAAGACACGCGUCUUAACUUCACAGCUCAUCUACUCAAAGCUUUGAAAGACAGCGGACUGAAUGUCUUCUUCGAUGAAGAUACACUAGAGAAAGGGGAGCCACUUUCACCAGCAGUUUCUCAAGGAAUUGCAGCCUCAAAUCUCUCCAUCAUCGUUUUAUCUAAAGAGUACGCUUCUUCGAAAUCAUGCUUGGCUGAAGUUUCUAACAUUAUGGACCGCAAGCACACACAAAAGCAUAUUGCUCUUCCCAUCUUUUACCAUGUUGAUCCCUCUGAUGUGCGAAAUCUUGGUGGGAGUUUCAAAACAUCCUUUGAAGACCAUGAAUCAAAAGGCCCACUGAUGAAGUGA